UAAAUUUAAGACGGGCUUCUUGGUUGCACUUCCCUCCGGGUCUUUUGUGAUAGAAACAAUGAUGUAAUGCAUCAUUUUAUUUGGGAAACGAGGACCUUUCAUCUGUAACCACUGGAGGUCGCUGUUGCACAGCGCUUUAAUCUGACUCGAGUGGCGCGUGGAAAUGGAACAAUAUAGCAGCACGACAACUCCCAGGUAAUAACUCUAAUAUGUCUCAACCGUCGUCAUUGUUUCCCUCGUUUGCACAAAUAGAUGACGUUCAUUCAAAAUGUGUCCAGUAGGUCUGCUGCCAUAUUGUUUAAACGCACCACACAUUUAUGAGGCCCUAAUCGUCAAGGUUCAAAUCCAGAAUAGUUGUCUCUGCACACUAAAAACAAUUCAUAUUUUUAUUAUAUUUGUAUAUUAGUCAUCAUGUAGCAUAGCUACAUAUCUCUGUGUAGGCUAGCCAGUGUGUGGAGGGCGUGUGAAGAAAAAACCGCAACAUGUGCCUUUUGAAAACUCCGGUGUGGUUUUGCAAUGAAACUAACUGUCGCCCCGUCAGAGAGGAAGAGGAGGCAGCAGCUGAAGGAGGGGAAGGGCCGCAGAAAUGUCAAACUACUUGACGUCUGAUUCAUUACAGGCAUCGUGUUGAUGAUCUUUUUUUAAUGAGCUUUCUUUCUGUAGUGUUACACAGCCCUCGUAACACGAUGGACUCUAACAUUAUGGAGAUAAUAGAAGAAUUCAUGGAAAGUGCGUUGGCGCAAUGGGGUGAGUGGGGGAAGAUAUUUAAUAUUUGCUCAAGGGCACUUCGGCAGUGCGGCCAUUCACUGACAUGAUAUGUGGAAGGACCCCCGCUGCCCCCCUGUUUACCUCGUCACAGGGUCUCUGGCUGCUCUGCCUCACCUCAUCAGCCGAAGCAACUCAAGCUUGUUACUCUGUUUACAGACAGUGCCGUUUUUAGAAGGUGCAGGUUCAGAUGUUUGAGAAGAUGGUGGAGAGGGAUGACGGCGUACCGCUCUACAGUCGGUACAUGGAAGUAAACGCAAUUUCCCAAAGUGCCCGGGAUCGUUACGUGAGGCUGACCAAUGGGAUAUUCCUCAAUGACAUCAUGAGGAUCAUAGACCCCAACCCGAAGGUGGAGCGGCUGUACGACAGCGAGAAAGAUGACCACAUGCUGAGAGUCCAGAACUUUUCUAUUUUAAAUCGACACAUCAGAGCCUUCUACCAGGAGGACCUGCAGCAGUUGAUAUUGAUGCCUCUCCCAAACGUUGCCAUUCUGGGGCAGGACCCGAUAACAGAGGCAGCCGUGGAAGAGCUCAGGCGACUGCUUCUGCUCCUACUAGGAUGUGCUGUGCAGUGCGAGGAGAAGGAGGCGUUCAUUCAGCAGAUCCAGUCUCUGGACAUUGAGACACAGGCAGCCAUUGCCAGCUCUAUACAGCAGGUGACUCAGGAUCCUCUCAUGGUGCUGCCGCUGAGGUGGGAGGAGCUGGUAGAGGUUGAAGGUGCUGACUUUCAGCUGGUGUUCACCUCGAUGGCCAAACAGAUCCAAAACCUGCUGGCACAGAGAGACACACACCUGGAGAGGAUAGCGGAGCUGUGUCGUGAGCAUGAGGCCCGGUCUGACUCACCCACGUCGCCCCUGGGUGGUCACAGCAAGGAGCCACCCCAAGGUCUGGCACUCCAGCUGGCAGAUAGCAAGGCCAAACUCCGCCGCCUUAAACAACAACUGGAAGAUAAAGGUGAUCAGAUAUUUGAUUACAACCUGGAGAUUCAAACCACGGAGGACCAGCUCAAGAAACUUCAGAAAGAGAACCGUUCUCUGCAGGGUGAGGUGAGGGGCAUGCGCGCACUGCGGGAUGAGCUGGACUGCGCCCGAGAGCGAGCUGCACGGACCGAGCAGCUCCAGACCGAGCUUCAGAGCUGUAAACACAGAUUGCGCAGCCUGGAGCUCACACGCACUCAGCUGAAGGAGCAGCAGCAGCUGUGUGCAGCACUGCAGGAGACCAAAGUUCUCCUGGAAGAACAGCUAGCCGACGCACGAGCACGCUGCUCCUCAAUAAGGGAGCUGGAGAGGGACAAUCUUCUGCUGCGUCAUAGAACCAUAGACAUGGAAGCGGAGCGGGACACCGAGAAGCAGCGGGUUGAUGAGCUGCUGGAGAUGAACAUGAGCCUGGAGGCGGACCUGAGGCACAGCAGCAGCUGCAGCAGCGUUCCUGCUCCGGUCGCUGCGGUUCACGGACGUUUCCUCCAAUCAGAGCUGGACUCUGACGAAGAGCUAAGUGACCUGAUUGAUCAGAAGCCGCUGAGUGUGGAGGUGGGCGAGGCUUCGACGCUGAUGCUGCUGGGAGCGGAGCAGGAGAACGCAGAGCUGAGGAGACGACUGGAGGAGUUGCAGGCCCAGCAAGAGGCUGAUUCUCCUGAUGCAAAAGAUGAGCUAGCUUGCAUGGAGACGGAGCAUCAGAACACACUCAGGGAGUUUCAAAACAUGAAGAGUGAAAAUGCCACUUUGAUGCAGCGCCUUGACCAGCUGGGGACCAAACUGCAACAAAUAGAAGACGAGAGAAAGGAGGAAGCAGUGAAGAAGCCAGACCAAAAGGAGGAGAAGGAGAAGGUGGAGAGAGGAGUCCAGGGCUCUGAAUCCUGCAGAGGAGAGGGUGAAGGAAGGGUGAGGAUGAUGGGGGUGAGAGAGAGAAGAGGAGAAAACAUCGUAACCCAGAGGGAAGCAGGAGUUGGGGAAGAGAUUCUCCAUAUUGAUGGAGAAAAAGAAGAACUAUGCGAUGAGGAGGUCGAGUCCAAAAGGAGAGGAGAAGCAGAGGGAGGACAGAAAGAGAAGGAGAAAGAAAUACAAAUAAAGAAAGAACGGACUGCUAUAGUAAGAAGCUCAGAGAUCCAAAAUCACCCCAAAAGUAUCGAAUACGAUACAGACACCACAGUUGCAGACCAGGCUGUGUGUUCCCUGUCUGGUGCUGAUGUGGCGCUUCUGACAAAGCGGCUCCAGGAGGCCCGUGAGGAGGCUGACCGACAGGCGAUCGUGGCCCAGGACCUGCGCUCCAAGCUGGGGAAGCAGAGCAAGAAAACCUGGGAGGCUGAGCAGAGGCUGAUGGUCCUGGAGGCCGAGAUGCAGCGUCUGAAGAAAGCUGCAGAGAGUCUGGGAGACGCCCGCAGGCAGAUCGAGGUUCUUCAGUCCGAGGGUCUGAUUAUGGAGGAAGAGCUGAGCCGCAUGCGGAGCCAAGCUGCGCUUCACGGGAUGCAAACCACGGUCAUCGCCACCCUGGAGGGAGAGCGGGCCGCGCUGGAGAGAGACAGGGACACACUGCGCAGCACCAUGGAUGCCCUGCGCAGCGCCCAGCGCAAGAGUGACCAGCUGGAGCUCUCCUCUCAGUCUCUCAGGGCAGAGGUGGAACGACAAGGUCGGAGUUUGGAGACUUCUCGUCGUCGGGAAGAGGAGCUGGAGGCAGAGCUCCGUGAGGCAACUGUAGAGGCCGAAUCUCUGGCCCGGGCGCGAGACCAGGCGCUGCUGGAGGCAUCCAGGGUGGAGCAGGAGAAGGAGCUGUGUCAGGCGGAGCUGGACAGCCAACGGAAGGAGGGGAGGCAGAGAGAGAGAGAGGCAGUGAGGCUGAGGCAGCAGCUGGAGAGCACAACCCUGGCCCUGGAGCACAGCAACCAGAGAGCUUGGGCCCUGGAUGCUGAACACAGACGUGUGUGUCAGCAGCUGUCUGAAUCUAAGGAGCUCUGCACUCGGCUGCAGGACCUUGAGAAGGAGUUCAGCACUCGAUUAACCAGCAUGGAGGAGGGUAAACAGCAGCUGCAGGAGCAGUAUGCAGAUGCUCAGGCCAAGAUUAAUUCACUGUCCCAGGACCGAUGCAAUGAGCAGGAACGUUCCCAGAAACUGUCCACUGAAGUCGAACGUCUGUGUCAGAAACUACAACAAGCUGAGGCUGAACUACAGACGACCGCCAGUUCUCUGAACCAAUCAAAGGAGAGAACAGAAUUGCUCUGCCAGAGCCUGAUGAAAAGUGAAUCUCUUCUCCAGUUUGAAAAGAGAAGAGGAAGUGUGGAGGUGGACACUUCGUCCAAUUCAAAGUCAGACUCCUCAGACAAAGCACUUAUUUCUCAGACACACACCCAGGAGAUGUUACAUCUGGAUCAAUCCCCUGCAGCUGGCAAAGGUCAUGACCUUUCCUUGAUCCAUAAUUAUGCCACAGGAGAGACAGAGAGGCAGCUGAGUGAGCGGUUGCUAGAGCUGGAAAGAGAGAAAGCGGUGGCAGUUGCCGAACACGACGCGUUGCUGUUGCGGCUGUCUCAGUCCCAGGAGGCGUGUGAGCACCUAAAGGUGCAGCUGGAGGCUCUGCGCCGCCACUCCCUCAGCCUGCAGGAGUCCUGCACCAGGCUCCAGACACUCAACACCCAACUACAGGUGGAGCAAGCAUCCCGUAGCGCCCAGCAUGCAGCAGUGUCGGCACGCUGCAGUGAGAGCGAGGCUCGGUGUGCGGCUCUGGAGGCCGAGUCCAGGGUGUGGGCGCGGGAGCGCGAGGAGUCGGUGGCCAGGAUGGAGGCUCUGAGGCGGGACCACCAUCGGAUGACUGCUCUGCAGCAGCGGCAGGAGGUGGAGCUGGAGGAGCUGCUGGACAAACAAUCUCAGAUGAGGAGUAACAACCGCAGCCUGGAGGCUCAGCACAGGGAGCUGGAGGCCAGAUACAAAGAGCUGCUGGACGGUAAAGCCCAGGUGGAUGAGAGAGAGCUGGAGAUGAAGAUGGAGAGAAAGGAGAUGGAAGCAGAGGCCCAGAGGAGACUUGAGAGAGAACGAGAGCUGGAGAGGCUGAAAGAAGACAACGAGAGGCUGCAGGCGCAGCAGAAGGACGGGUUGGCGUCCCAGGUGGAGCUGCUGGCUCAGGGCUCAGUGCUGAGGGCCGAGCUGAGCAACUCCCAGCUGGAGCGGACGCGACUGGAGGGGGAACUCAGCGGCCUGAGGGAAACCAACCAGAGCCUGGACCUCAGCAGCGCCCGCCUCACCAGCCAGUACCAGCUGUUGAUUCAGCUCAAGGGUAACAUGGAGGAGGAGAACCGCCACCUAGCCGAGCAGAACCAGGGUCUGCUGAAGGAGAACCGGGCCUUACUGGAGCAGAGCCUGGAGCGCCGAGACCAGCACUACUCGCAGCAGAGGGAAUACCAGGAGAAGCUGAGCGAGCUCCGUCGGGAGAAGCAGAAACUGGUGGAGAAGAUUAUGGAUCAGUAUAGAGUCCUCGAGCCCAGCAUGCCAGCCAGCAAAACCAAGAAAUCUAACUGGAUUGCGGACAGGAUGAAGAAGCUAAUCAAACCCCGGGGAGGAGGAAGAGGGGAACGCGCCCUCUUUACGGCCAUGGGCAGCGUGGAAAACCUGUCUGACAGCACUGAAUUCACAUCAGACAAACACACACCUCAGCCUGACCGCCGCAGUGCUCCAGUCUCUCCCUGUCCCAUGAGAAAAGCUCCCUCCCAGACAGAGCUGGACAUCUCGGCUCCCGGGACUCCAGCCACACACUCCGGCUCUGGCGCGCGUCGUAAGCUGGGAUCCCGUCACGGCUGGGGGGGGCUUGGGUUGGCAAGAGGAGGCUCUGGAGUCUCCCAAUCCUUCAGCCCCGGUGACCACCGGACGCCCCCUCGCCUGCAGCUGCACUCCAGCCAGAAUAUCUCUGCUGUCCUCUGGGAGGCACAGAGAGCCGAGACGAAUACACCCCAGGCAGCAGACGCACUGUUGAGCAGUCAGGAGAGUGUCGAAGAGGAAGGCGGCAGAGAAAAUCAACACACCACACCGGUGACGACGCCACAACGACCUGAGACGGAACAGCCGACUCUCAAUUAAAGAACACUUUUUUUAAUGUACUCCUGGCAAAAUGUUUUGCUGCAGCUUUUGAUACGUCGGACUAUUUUAGAUAUGAGAUCCUUCUGGUAUAUUUUUUAUAGCCUACAUGGAUGAAUACAUCAUUCUGGCAAUAGUCAACAUAUCAGUUGAUAAAUUACAUGAAAACAUAUUUGUUUUCUCUUCAUUCAUCUUUUGUGUGCUCAUUUUAUUAUUAUUUUAUAUUCACGUACUUCUAUUAAGUAUCUUUAUCCCUGUUUUCUAACUGCUUGUUGUUUACCAUUUCCUGCCAAAAGUUAACAUCAGUGUAUUAUAACGAGCCUUCAGACUGUGAGCGCAAUCCUCCUCGAACAAAAUAUACUUUUUAUCUGGAUCUUU